GUAGACGUGUCUACUCAAAAAUGUCAAAAUAAACACUUGAUUAAUAAAUAACAAGAAAAUGUCUUUAGAUAAGUCUAAAUUUGAAUCGAUGCAAAAAAGCAUACAGGAUGAACUUAAAAAAAUCAAAGAAGAAGAGGAAGCCCUCUUCCAAGACAUGAACAAUAUGUUAAACCAAAAACUAUUCCUUGAUAGCAAAAUCAAAGGUCUUACUAAACUAGUACCCAUUCUGAAAGUUGUAAAACACGAAGCUCAAGAUCUUGUAAAUACAAUAAAUGACAUUUCUGAGUCAUCUGAAAAAAUAAGUGGCAAAAUCAGAUCACUUGAUACAGCUAGAAGCCGCGUGAAUGAGUGUCAGCAACGAGUUAGUGACCUUAUUGACUUAGAAAUAUGCUCCCAAGGGGUCCAAACUGCAAUUCUAGACUCAGACUAUGAGAAAGGGGCAGCUCACGUUCAUAGAUUUCUCUCAAUUGACCAGUCUCUGCUCCAGAGAACUGCAACCGACGUCGAGAAUGUCUCAGGAAUGCUGAAAUCUGUGAGGACUUUGCAGGACGCUGCAAGCCAGUUGCAGGCUAUCGUUGAGCAUAAAUUUGAUGAAUCGGUCAAGUGUGAGGAUUUAGUCUCGAUUGAAAGGUUCUUUAAAAUAUUUCCUUUGCUGGGAAUGCAUGAGGAAGGGAUUAAGGCACUCUGUACCUACCUCAGAACCAAAGUUGCAGCAACGGCUGAAAAAAAUCUGAAAUCAGCAAUGACUACGCCUCAGUCUGACAAACGCUAUAGUGUUAUAUAUGCAGACACUUUGACUCUAUUAUUUGAGGGAUUGGCACGUGUUGUUGACACGCACCAACCGUUGAUUGAAACGUAUUAUGGCCCAGGAAGACUUCUUUGUGCCGUUAGCAUUUUGCAAAAAGAGUGCGAUAUUCAAAUGAAAAGAGUCUUAACUGAGUGGACUAGGGCACGUCAAAUUAAUAAGAAAAUUCAGCUAAUUACUGAAUUGUCUAGAAUGAGCACAAGUUCUAGUUUUGGUAAACUGGAAAAGAUUGAUCCCAAAGAUUUAGAUAUUUCCAUUGGAGAGAUAACUUUGAUGCACUUUAGGACCGAGCUUUAUAUCAGGUUUAUACAACGCAAAGUUGUGUCAGACUUAGAAGUCGGAGUCCAGGACGAAGGAGAAAAAACAAAAGUACUAAAAUCGUUAGAAAAUUUAAUCAAAAACAGCGACUUGACACACUCGAAGCACGAAUUACUGUUACAUUAUUUGAAACUUGAGCAGUAUUUUAUGGAAGAAUCGGUCGCAAAAGCUGUCAGUAUGGACAGUAUUGAACCUUCCCAACAAACGUCAAGUAUGGUCGAUGACACGUUUUUCAUAGUCAAAAAGUGCAUACGACGUUCAAUCUCAACCGGAAGUUUGGAUGGGAUUUGUGCCAUUAUAAACAACGCUUGUAGAAUACUUGAAAAUGAUUUUUGCGAUGUGUUAAGGGCGCGUUUGCGACAGGGCUACCCUUCCGGUUAUUUAGAUUUGACUCAGGCUUACAAUGUGUUGCAGAGUUCGAUUCAACAGGGCCGGCUUCAGUCGAAUGAUACUGAGCAAACAAGAACUGCGUUUAUCGUGGCUUUAAACAACGCUGAUAGUAGCACAGAAUACGUUGAUGCGUUGUGUGAUAGCGUUUUGAAAGAAAUAGAACAAGCCCUUCCUAUGAUGAAUAGUAACGAACGGGGAAAACUCGAGAGUUGUCUCUCUGGAUUGUCUUCAGUGACGACUAACCUUAAGGAAAUUAUUGAAUAUGGUAUUCAACAGUUGCGCGUCAGCGCAAUUAAACCACGUAUCAGUCCUUGGGUCGACAAUUUCACUAGUAUAAACCACCAAUUAUCUGAGGACGAACUGUCGGUGUACGAAGCGGGAGAAUCAUUCGUUCAAACGCUUAUUAUGAACCUUGAAACACUUUUGUCACUGUUUAAAGAUGUUUUGACAACGGCGAAUUACGAUGCUUUUAUUUCGGUUUUAACGACGGAAGUUACCCAAAGAUUGGAGAAAGUCAUUAUGAAAUCGACGUUUAAUAGGUUGGGAGGUUUGGUGUUGGAUAAAGAGGUGAGGUCAUUGGCGGGUUAUAUAACAGCGACGACUUCGUGGUCUGUGAGAGACAAAUUCGCGCGUUUGACUCAAAUCGCCACUAUUCUAAACCUGGAACAAAUGUCUGAAUUUUACGAUUAUUGGGGCGACCACGAUGGAGCACUUACUUGGCGUUUGACGCCAUCUGACGUCCGGACUGUGAUGGCGCUAAGGUCAGAUUUUAAGGUCGAAGAUAUAAAAAGACUCAAACUGUGAUUGUUGGUAAUAAAACUUCACUUUUAA